GAACAUUUGAACAUCUUCAGGCUGCUUGUUCCCUCUUGCCCUCGGACUGCGCGUUCUACAUCCACAUUUGCGUGUCCGUCGCGUCAAAUCUCGAACCGAAACCGAAGUAGCUCAGAAUGGCUCCAAAACGUAGAGAGGAUGAUGGAUCCAGCUCUGACGAGCUCAUUGGACGCAAGUGGAAGAAGCAAAAGACAGCAGCAGCGCGUACCAUUGCCGUACAGUCUCAAUCCGUCGAAGUAGCCGGGUCUAGCAGCAGGAACGCAGUCGCAGGACCCUCAAAAGCAGUACGAUUUGAUAGCAUGCAAGGGCUGCCUGAUGCUAUCAACAUUGAAAAGUUUGCGGAGGCUAGGGCAUUUGAGAUCAGCGCCAUGUCUGAGGCCAUGACGAAUGCUCAUUCUAAUACGACAAAGAGGGCCUGGCAGCAGCUCCCAAGGCACUUGCGCCGUAGAGCUGCAAGUCACAAUGUUCUUCGCGUACCCAAACGAUUGCGAGAAAAGGCGCGCGCUGAGAUGGAUCCAAUGCGUCAUAAAGCAUCACGGCGCGCUGCGUCUAAGCAUGGCAAGCUUGAGACUGCCAAACGUACCGAAGAACUACUGAAACGACAACGUGAUAAGAUUUGGCUGGAAACGCAUUUGUGGCACGCAAAACGAAUGCACAUGGAUGACAUGUGGGAUUAUCGACUGGCGAUUACACCUACGGAAAAAUCCUUCAGGACUUCUCACAGAGCAUCCGUGCAUGGGUCUAUCCUACAUGAUGCGUCCUAUUUUGGUUUCAUUGAGCUCAAAGGCCCAGAAGACGUACUACGUGCGGCAUUGACCAGUUGUUGCGAUUGUCAAGGCCCGAGUCCCGGUGCGCAAAGGUUCUUGACUGGUUCGCGCAUCUGCGAAACGCAUCUCUAUAAGCAUGGAGCGUAUCCUUAUGACUUGAUUGCCCCUAUUACCGUUAUGUGGCAUCCUACGUGGGGAGCACAACCGGCCACUCCUCCCGCGAGGGACGAAGCAAACACAUCAGAAACUCCAGCAUCGGAAGAAGGCAAGCGAAAGCGCAAGCCGAAGGGCAAAGGCAAGCAACGUGAGGAAGUAGCAAACCCCCCUGCCCCAUCGACACCCCGCACUGUUUGGAUUCGCGUUCACCCGGCUGUCUUCGACGACGUUUAUCACGAAGUGAGGACUGCCACGUCCUUUGCCCUAGAGGCCGCCAAAAGGGCAUCACCAAACCAGGAGAUCGCUGAUGUGGAAAUCGCGAACUUGAGGGAGCACGUCAAUGUUUUCGAGAUUAUGGGGCCUAAAUCGAGUCAAAUCAUCAAGGGCGCGCUGAAAUUGUCGCAGGAAGGCCUUAAUGAGGAGAAACGCCAGUUUUGGAAUUGCUUAGAGCAUCUGCAGACAAGCGGAUCGCUUCCUCGUGGCAUGAUCAUUGGUCUGACAGUGGAGGAUCCUCGCCUUAGUUUUCCGCCUAAGAACCAGAAAGUCAGAUAUGAAUCUGGACCGUCAGCAACGUCUCCUGCUAUCUUUCCGUCCGCUGCUCUAGCGACAAGCUCCAUAUGGGACGAAAGCAUACGCGAAAAGCUUUGCAAGCCCAAAUUCAAAAAGUCAGACAUCGAUCAACGCAGAUCUGAAUUCUUGGUUCCUGGCCCGAAGCUACAGCCGACUCCGGAGGACGAUGUGAUCCCGAUUCUUCUCAUCCAGCGCUCGGUCGAGGGGCCAGCCUCUACUGUGAAGGUGCCUUUCCAACAGCACGGCACCGAGUCCCCUUCGCUACAUGGAUGGACGCUCAUCAUCCCUUCGGGCUGGGCAAUGCCUUUCUUCUCAUCCCUAACCUACACAGGCACACGUGUAGGAGGUCAACGCGAGCGGCAGACACAAGCUUAUGAGGGCGGCUGUGCGUAUUUCCCUCGAGACUAUCCGUUAACGGCAGCGUAUGAUGAAUACGCGGACGAUCGGGCGGAAGAAGAGCGAACCAAGUGGGAGAGAAAGCCUCCCGCCAAGCGCGUGAACUAUGAGAAGUUGGGGACGAGGAGUCCUUGGAAGCCAGACUGGGGCGUCGUCCUCGGCCUUGAAAGCUCGCCGGAAGAAGACGACCUUGUCCCUACGCAGAGAGAAGAGCCUCCUGCUACCGCUGGCGGAACGAAGACGGACAGGGAUAUUCGUCCUUGGCUCCUGCGUGGCACAGACGCGCCGUCGUUGGUGGACAAGUUAAUGUCGACCAUGCUCAACCCGGGUGCGGGCCUCCUGGACUACAUGAAUCAGGUACGGAUGAAGAAGGGUCUAAGCCAGUUGAAUGGUGGUUUCAAGGCGGAUGAGUUGUGGAAGGGUGCGCUGGUGCUGGUGAGAGUGCUCAUGUGUGGCAGGGGAAACCCAGAGGAUCUUGCGACCGUCUACCGCGUGGACGAUGCGGAGGCUAGGAAAUGGAUGGAGGCAGAGAGAUUGAGAAAGCAGGGUGCUGCCUUGCUGCUGCAGGAAGGAGAUGAUGAGACGGAGCUAUCCAAGCUCGUGCCGUCGCAGGAUGACAUUAUUGGCUACGUGACCACAGGACACUAUUCGCUCUCGCGCGGAGAAGGGCAUGCCGUUGGAGCUAUCCCGGUCAGUCAACUUUUCGAACUGAAGCAACAAGCUGAGAGACUCCGUGCUGGCGACUCCUUGCUGGUGAAAAUACGAGAUCGAGGGGACAACGUAUGCCGAGCUGCCCGGCUGGAGGUGAUAGGCUGACUCUGGUCUUCGGGUAGGUCAUGGUCCCUUGGGCAAGAUGUGUGAGAUACCGUCCGUACGAUAUGGAGAUAUACUAUAAUGGAGGGAUGUCUAUGC